GCACGCGUGCUGGGCACUUGUCCUCGCGUAUGUGCUGACGUCAGGCCGCCGUGGUUGUUAGAGCGGAGCAAGGGAAAGAGGGGCGGCGUGUUGUACGUGCGCUGCUGGCGUAGCGAAGCGGUCAGUUCAGGGGUUCAAAGAGGAGAAAACAUGGCGGAUAACAAAGGAGGAGGUGGCGGUGGGGGAGAGACCGAGGGGGACGCGAGCAGCAAUAAUAACAACAAUAGUAAUGGCGCCGGGGAGACCGGCAGUCCUGGUGAGACAGAGAGCCAAGCCGUGGAGGAGCCGGAGAGUGCUGAGAAGGCCCCCGUUGCGGCGGUCCCUACAGAUACCCCGGCAGAGGAAAACCCUGCCCCGUCCUCCUCGUCAGUGGCCUCUUCUUCUGCUACUCCUGCAUCAUCUUCCUCGUCUCCUCUAGUGGUGAACUUACUGGAUACGUGCGCUGUGUGUAAGCUCAGCCUGCAAAGCCGGGACACUGAGCCCAAGCUCCUGCCAUGUUUGCACUCAUUCUGUCGCCGCUGUCUGCCUGAGCCCGAGAGGCAGCUCAGUGUCCCUGGUGGAACUAAUGGAGACAUCCAGCAAGUUGGUGUAAUAAGGUGCCUAGUGUGCAGACAAGAAUGCAGGCAGAUUGAUCUAGUGGAUAAUUAUUUUGUAAAAGACGCGUCGGAAGCACCAAACACUGAUGAAAAGUCUGAACAGGUUUGCACAAGUUGUGAAGAUAAUGCAAGUGCAGUUGGGUUUUGUGUGGAAUGUGGGGAAUGGCUCUGCAAGACAUGCAUAGAAGCCCACCAAAGGGUUAAAUUCACAAAAGACCACAUCAUAACAAAUAAAGAAGAUGUAUCCUCCGAAUCUGUGGGAGCUUCUGGUCAACGUCCAGUUUUUUGUCCGGUCCACAAACAAGAACAGCUCAAAUUAUUUUGUGAAACAUGUGACCGACUAACAUGCAGAGACUGUCAGUUACUAGAGCACAAGGAACACAGGUAUCAGUUUCUCGAGGAGGCUUUUCAAAACCAGAAAGGUGCUAUCGAAAACUUACUUGCCAAGCUUCUAGAAAAGAAGAACUAUGUGCAUUUUGCUGCUACUCAGGUUCAAAACAGAAUAAAAGAAGUAAAUGAAACCAAUAAGCGAGUGGAACAGGAAAUUAAAGUGGCAAUUUUUACUUUAAUAAAUGAAAUUAAUAAGAAGGGUAAAUCUCUUCUGCAGCAGUUGGAGAGUGUUACAAAGGAACGACAGAUUAAACUUGUACAGCAGCAAAAUGAUAUCACUGGUCUCUCACGGCAAAUAAAGCAUGUAAUGACAUUCACAAACUGGGCUAUUGCGAGUGGCAGCAGCACCGCCUUACUGUACAGCAAACGCUUGAUCACUUUCCAGUUACGUCAUAUCUUAAAGGCACGUUGUGACCCUGUCCCAGCAGCCAAUGGGGCAAUAAGAUUUCAUUGUGACCCAACUUUUUGGGCAAAGAAUGUUGUAAAUUUAGGUAACCUUGUUAUUGAAAAUAAGCCAACCACUGGUUUUACUCCUAAUGUAGUGGUUGGGCAAGUUCCCCAAGGAGCGAACCAUGUUAACAAACCACCUGCACAAAUAAAUUUAGCUCAGCUCCGACUCCAGCACAUGCAACAGCAGGUGUAUGCUCAAAAACAGCAGCAACUCCAAAUGAGGAUGGCCCAGCCACCUGGCCAGCACCAGAGACCAUCUGCACCUCAAGUGAUGCAUCAGCAGCCUCCACGGUUAAUAAGCAUGCAGAGUAUGCCGAGGAAUAAUAUGAACUGUGGCCCAUUUCAAGCACAUCAAAUGAGAAUGGCACAAAAUGCAGCCCAGAAUGCUGCUAGGAUGUCUGGUGUCCCUCGUCAUAAUGGAAUGCAAUACUCAAUGAUGCAGCCUCAUCUCCAAAGACAACAUUCCAACCCAGGGCAUGCUGGCCCAUUUCCAGUUGUUUCAGUACAUAACAGCACAAUCAAUCCAACUAGUCCUACAACAGCAACCAUGGCAAAUGCAAAUCGGGGACCAACCAGCCCAUCUGUUACAUCUAUAGAACUUAUCCCAUCAGUAACAAACCCAGAAAACCUUCCCUCUCUUCCAGACAUCCCACCAAUCCAACUGGAAGAUGCAGGAUCUAGCAAUUUAGACAAUCUAUUGAGUAGAUAUAUUUCAUUAGGACAUCAGCUACCACAACCAACAAGCAAUAUGAAUCCCUCCCCUGCACCUUCUGCAAUGUCUCCAGGAUCUACAGGCUUGUCCAAUUCACACACACCAGUGAGGCCUCCCAGUACGUCAAGUACAGGCAGUAGAGGAAGUUGUGGUUCAAGUAGUCGAACAGUUGAAAGAAAUUCUUCCUUUAAAUCUGACCCUGUCAAAGUUAAACAAGAACCUGGAACAGAAGAGGAAGUGUGCAGUUUCUCAGGACCAGUAAAGCAGGAGAAGGCUGAAGACGGCAGGAGGAGUGCAUGCAUGCUGAGCAGCCCAGAAAGCAGUCUGACACCUCCACUCACCACAAAUGUGCACCUUGAAACUGAUCUGGAGUCACUGGCUGCUUUGGAAAAUAACGUGAAAACCGAACCAAACAACACAAGCCAAAGCUGCAGGCAGUCAUCUCAUGUUAGCCUUGUAAAUGGGAAAUCUGCAGUAAGAAAUUCAAUGCAUCGACCGCCUAGGGGAGGUGGUGGUGGUGAUGGCUCCAACAAAGAUGAUGACCCAAAUGAAGACUGGUGUGCAGUGUGCCAAAAUGGAGGAGACCUCUUAUGUUGUGAAAAGUGCCCUAAAGUUUUUCACCUUACUUGUCAUGUACCCACGCUGCUUAGUUUUCCAAGUGGUGAAUGGAUUUGUACAUUCUGCAGAGAUUUGAAUAAACCUGAAGUUGAAUAUGAUUGUGAUAAUUCACAGCACAGCAAGAAAGGGAAAACCGUGCAAGGCCUAAGUCCUGUAGACCAAAUGAAAUGUGAGCGGCUUCUACUUUAUCUCUACUGCCACGAACUGAGCAUUGAAUUUCAGGAGCCUGUUCCAGCUACGAUACCAAACUACUACAAAAUAAUUAAGAAGCCAAUGGAUCUUUCUACUGUGAAAAAGAAGCUACAGAAGAAACACUCACAGCACUAUCAAACACCCGAAGAUUUUGUUGCAGAUGUCAGGCUAAUAUUUAAGAACUGUGAAAGGUUCAAUGAAAACGACUCCGAAGUUGCCCAAGCAGGGAAGGCUGUUGUUUUAUAUUUUGAGGAAAAACUACCCGCAAUCUACCCUGACAGGACCUUCCAACCAUUGCCAGAGUUUGAAGCAGAGGAUGAUGACGGAGAUGUAACAGACGAUUCAGAUGACGAUGAUUUUGUUCAGCCUCGUAGAAAACGACUGAAGUCAGAAGAGAGACCGGUGCAUAUAAAGUGAUGAGCACGGAACUCUAAAGAUUUUGUGUAGAGAUUAAACAAAAUUGACAAUGAACUUAUUUAAAUGUUUCCGGAAUAUCAUCACUCCUGCAUCCGCCAUCUUCAUGAAGAAUUUGGCAGCUUUUAGACAGUAUUAGAUCAACAAACAUUUGUACAGAUAAAGAGCAAUCUUUCAAGGAAAAAACUGGGGAAAUUUGUCACUUUGUUUUUUUUAGGACUGUUGGACUCCUGACCCUUGGAGCAAUUCUUGCAUUUUCUCAUUUAGGUGAAUGUUAAAGACUUUGGUUGUGUUUUUUUUUUCCUCCCCCUAAGCAGUUCUCUGUACAGAUGUAUAAGUGAACUCGGUGAUUGUGUUUUCUUGUUGAUCUUUCUUUGUUGAACAUUGGACCAUUACCUUCAGUUAACUGUAAUAUAUUUUCUUUCCCCACCAAUGAACUGCUCUAUAGAUUAAUGGGGGGAAAUGGUACAUUAUGUGUACUUUGGGAGGGCUUCAUCAUCAUUUUUUUUUUUUUUAUUAUUAUUAUAUUUGAGCUUUUACAUUGAUUAUCGGGAUUGGAGUGUCCUUCAAGACUUUGAAAUAUAUUUAUAUAUUUUGUGAAGGAAUUGGUUUAUCUUGGUCGACCCUACAGUAACUUUGUAAAUACAAGGAGGCGUCUCUGUGUUCAUAUAUUCAUUAUGCAUUAAUUUGGGCAACAGGUUGUCAACUCUUACUGUUGUCUUGCAUCUGACCUGAGGAAAAAUAAAUGAAUAUCUGGUUAAA